GAGUGGAAGCGGAAAGCAAAUCAUCGGUAAAGAGAAAAAACAGCCGUAGACGUGUGCGCGUGGAUAUGGAAUACCUUUCUUCGCGCUUUUAAUUCCAACAACAGUUUUUUUUUUCCGUCUAGCAUGACGCGUAAGUGAUGGUGCACAUUUUGGUUUCGUGACCUGUCAGCUGGAUCAGGUUGUGUUGGACGGAUGUGGUACGAAUUGGAUGGUUACACAUUUUCUAUUGUUUGAAAUGCUCUCAACUGGAAUGACAUUUCAAUGACAAGUUUCCUUUUUUUUUGUUGCAAUUGUCUGAGCAAUGGAGUGAGCCGAGGGCGCACGGGGAGCUUGUAAAAAGGGACUUUUAUAUAUUUUUUUUAUUUCACUUCACAUAGACAGAUGGGGACUCUAAGUGGUAACAGAAGUCUGUACUGUAAUGUGCACUCUUUAUCUUAUAUUUAAUGCCAGUUUGGAUUUUACCUGUUGGAUAUCUGCAUGUCUAGGAUGGCUCGCUUUGGAGACGAUCUGCCCACCCGCUAUGGAGGUCCAGCGGGCGCCGGGAGAGGGGGAGCCCGGGCGGGAGGUCCCUCGGGCGGUCAAAGAAUGUACAAACAGUCGAUGGCUCAGAGAGCCAGGACAAUGGCUUUAUAUAACCCUAAACAAACCAAACAGAACUGUUUCACUGUCAACCGCUCUUUGUUCAUCUUCAGUGAGGACAAUGUCAUCAGGAAAUACGCCAAAAGAAUAACCGAAUGGCCUCCAUUUGAGUACCUGAUCCUCACAACCAUCAUCGCCAACUGCAUCGUACUGGCCCUCGAACAGCAUCUCCCAGCCAUGGACAAGACCCCCAUGUCUGAACGCUUGGACGACACAGAGCCCUACUUUAUCGGAAUAUUCUGUUUCGAGGCCGGCAUUAAGAUCAUCGCCCUGGGCUUUGUGUUUCACAAAGACUCUUACCUACGCAACGGCUGGAACGUAAUGGACUUUGUGGUCGUUCUGACAGGGAUUUUAACCACAGUUGGUUCAGAGUUCGACUUAAGAACAUUACGGGCCGUCAGAGUCCUGAGACCCCUCAAACUGGUGUCAGGAAUCCCAAGUCUUCAAGUAGUAUUAAAGUCCAUAAUGAAGGCCAUGGUUCCCCUUCUUCAGAUUGGACUGCUGCUCUUCUUUGCCAUAGUUAUGUUUGCCAUUAUCGGUGUGGAGUUCUACAUGGGCAAGUUCCACCUCACCUGCUUUAGAUUGGAUACAGGAGAAAAGGUUGGCGAUUACCCAUGUGGUGUAGAGCCUCCCUCAAGACGGUGUCCCGAUGGAACAGAAUGUAGAGAGUACUGGAAAGGACCCAACUACGGCAUCACAAAUUUCGAUAACAUCCUCUUCGCCAUCCUCACAGUCUUCCAGUGCAUCACCAUGGAAGGAUGGACUGAUGUACUAUAUUAUGCCAAUGAUGCCUCUGGGAACACCUGGAACUGGCUGUACUUCAUCCCUCUCAUCAUCAUUGGCUCCUUCUUCAUGCUUAACCUUGUCCUGGGUGUCUUAUCAGGGGAGUUUGCCAAAGAAAGAGAGCGAGUGGAGAAGAGGCAGGAGUUCUUGAAGCUCCGCAGACAGCAGCAGAUUGAGAGAGAGCUCACUGGAUACCUGGAGUGGAUCUGCAAGGCAGAGGAGGUGUUGCUAGCAGAGGAGGAUCAGAAUGCUGAGGAGAAAUCCCCUUUGGAUGGUGCGUGGUACAGGAGGAAACAAAACAACCCAGUCCUGAAAAGAACAAAGACCAGAAAGGGUAGAAACGACCUCAUCAGUGCUGAAGAAGGAGAGGAACAUUUCACAGACAUAUCUUCUGUCGCGCCACCUGGAUCACCUUUCGCCCGAGCUAGCCUGAAGAGCAGUAAGAACGAUAGCUCCUCGUACUUCCGUCGAAAGGAAAAGAGGAUUCGCUUUUUUAUCCGGCGGAUGGUGAAGGCACAGAGUUUCUACUGGAUCGUUCUCUGCUUGGUGGGAUUGAACACGAUGUGUGUGGCUAUGGUCCAUUACGACCAGCCUGAUGGGCUCACCAAGGCCUUGUACCUGGCAGAGUUUGUAUUCCUGGGUCUGUUUCUGACAGAGAUGACUCUGAAGAUGUACGGCCUGGGGCCCAGAAACUACUUUCACUCCUCGUUCAACUGUUUUGACUUUGGGGUAAUUGUGGGCAGUAUAUUUGAGGUGGUGUGGGCAGCAGCAAUCCAGCCUGGUGCGUCUUUUGGGAUCAGUGUUCUGAGAGCCCUGCGUCUGCUCCGUAUCUUUAAAGUUACCAAGUAUUGGAACUCUUUGCGUAAUCUGGUGGUUUCACUUUUAAACUCCAUGAAGUCCAUCAUAAGCUUGCUCUUCCUCCUCUUCCUCUUCAUCGUGGUGUUUGCUCUGCUAGGCAUGCAGCUUUUCGGGGGCCAGUUUAAUUUUGAAGUCGAAACACCCACUACAAACUUUGACAGCUUCCCUGCAGCCAUAAUGACAGUCUUCCAGAUUUUGACAGGAGAGGAUUGGAACGCUGUGAUGUAUCAUGGCAUCGAGUCCCAGGGUGGUGUCCGGAGUGGAAUGUUCUCCUCGGUCUACUUCAUUGUUCUUACGCUUUUUGGAAACUACACGCUUCUCAAUGUAUUCUUGGCCAUUGCCGUGGAUAACCUGGCCAAUGCACAGGAGCUGACAAAGGAUGAAGAGCAACAAGAGGAGGCAGCGAAGAAGAGCUUGGCUCUUCAGAAGGCCAUGGAGGUGAAGGAGGUCAGCCCCAUGUCUGCUGCCAACAUCUCAAUAGCAGCUUUUGUAAAGCAAAAUCGAGAUGCAAUCUCUCGCAGGUCUUCAGUCUGCAGCGUUCACUCACCUAAAGAGCAGCAGAGGUCACUGCAGAAGAUGUCCAUAUGGGAGCAGCGCACCAACCAGCUGCGCAGACACAAUCUGCGCAACAGCAGCGAGGCCCUUUUCAACGAACUAGAGCCCGAAGAGCGUCUGCACAUGUCUUCUGCGCUGCAUCUGCGGCCCGACAUGAAGACCCACCACGAUCGGCCUCUGGUGGUGGAACAUCGAGACGGCACCGUGGACAAUUCCAGGACUGACGGAGAUGGGGACAGUAGAGAGUGUCAACCGACAAAGAAGCACCAUCGAUGCCGAGGAGAGAACGGAGAUGCAGGGGACGGGCGGCAGCAUAGACACCACAGCCGAAACAGAGAGCACCAGGGCGGCCUGGAGCGCAGCAGCAGUCAGGAUGGGGGACACAUGAACCACAUGGCUGGCUCUCCUGAGGAUGAGAGAGAACACAGACACCACCAUUCUCGCCGAUCAAGAGAGCUCAACGGGAACGGAAACGGCCCGAUCGGUAAUGGAGGCAGGGGUGAGAGUAGGGUUCGAGGUCACAAAGAGGGCGAAGGAGGGAAUGGAGAGAGAAGGAGACACCGGCCUCGUGUUAAAGCCCAGUCCACUCUGGAUGGAGAAGAAUGCAGGGAGAAUGGUGGAAAACGCAGGGGCAGACCGACAGAAACAGACAGCCUAGCCACCAGCCCUCUCCAGUCUCCUACUGAUGAGAAGCCAGAAGUCACAGAUAAUCUAAAAAACAGCACCAGAGCAGGCCCAACUGGAGUCAACAUCCCCGUCACCAUAACUGCCCCGCCAGGGGAGACCACAAUCAUCCCCAUGAACAACAUCGAUGGUGACAGUCUUCUGCUGAACGAGGAAAAGAAGGAUCUUGAUGAGCUAAAUCAAAAUGCGCCCAAACACAUUCUGCCAUACAGCUCCAUGUUUGUGUUUGGUCCAACUAACCCAGUGAGACGGCUGUGUCAUUAUGUGGUGAACCUGAGGUAUUUUGAGAUGUGUAUCCUCACAGUCAUCACCAUGAGCAGCAUCGCUCUCGCUGCUGAAGACCCUGUGCAGGCCAAUGCCCCCCGCAAUGACGUGCUGAAAUAUCUAGAUUACGUCUUCACUGGUGUGUUCACAUUUGAGAUGGUUAUAAAGAUGAUUGAUCUUGGGCUGCUGUUGCAUCCUGGAUCUUACUUCAGGGACCUGUGGAACAUACUGGACUUCAUCGUAGUCAGCGGUGCUCUGGUGGCCUUCGCCUGCUCGAGCUUCAUGGGAUCACAGCAAAGCGUGACCAGAGGAACUAAAGGCAAGGACAUUAACACCAUCAAGUCCCUAAGGGUCCUUCGAGUCCUGAGGCCCUUGAAGACCAUCAAACGUUUGCCCAAACUCAAGGCCGUCUUUGACUGUGUAGUGAACUCUCUGAAGAAUGUGCUCAACAUCCUCAUCGUUUACAUCCUCUUCAUGUUCAUCUUCGCCGUCAUUGCUGUGCAGCUUUUCAAGGGGAAGUUUUUCCACUGCACCGAUGAGUCCAAAGCCCUGGAGAAGGACUGCAGGGGUCAGUUCCUGGAGUACGACAGUGAUGGAGUGGCCUUGACGCAGCCGCGCGAGUGGAAGAAGUAUGAUUUUCAUUAUGACAACGUCCUGUGGGCUUUUCUGACCCUGUUCACUGUCUCUACAGGAGAGGGCUGGCCAACGGUGCUGAAACAUUCUGUAGAUGCCACAUUUGAAGACCAAGGUCCCAGUCCAGGUUAUCGCAUGGAAACCUCCAUCUUCUACGUGGUCUACUUUAUUGUCUUCCCCUUCUUCUUUGUCAACAUCUUUGUGGCUUUGAUCAUAAUCACGUUCCAGGAGCAGGGAGAUAAAGCCAUGUCAGAGUGCAGCUUGGAAAAGAACGAGCGAGCCUGUAUCGACUUUGCCAUCAACGCCAAACCUCUGACCCGCUACAUGCCGCAAGACAAGCAGUCUUACCAGUACAAGAUGUGGAAGUUUGUGGUGUCCACUCCAUUUGAGUACUCCAUCCUGACCAUGAUCGCCAUCAACACGGUGGUCCUCAUGAUGAAGUUUCACGAGGCUCCUAAACCGUAUGAGGAAAUGUUGAAGUGGUUGAACAUCAUCUUCACGGCUCUCUUCACACUGGAGUGCAUUCUCAAGGUCAUCGCCUUCGGCCCUCUGAAUUACCUGAAGGAGGCAUGGAACAUUUUUGACUUUGUUACUGUUCUGGGGAGCAUCACAGACAUUCUGGUUACUGAGAUCAAGACGGAUAAGAGGAUUAAUCUGAGUUUCCUGAGACUCUUCCGAGCUGCUCGUCUCAUUAAACUCCUCCGGCAGGGCUACACCAUUCGCAUCCUCCUCUGGACCUUCGUUCAGUCAUUUAAGGCUCUGCCGUAUGUGUGUCUCCUCAUUGCAAUGCUAUUCUUCAUUUACGCCAUCAUCGGGAUGCAGGUGUUUGGUAACAUCAAGUUGAAUGAAGAGUCGGCCAUCAACCAUCAUAAUAACUUCCAAACCUUUUUUCAGGCCCUCAUGUUGUUGUUCAGGAGUGCUACAGGGGAAGGUUGGCAUGACAUCAUGCUGGCGUGUUUGAGUGAAAGGCCAUGUGAAGAUGAGUCUGGCUACAGUGGAAAAGAGUGUGGCAGUGAUUUCGCUUACUUCUACUUUGUAUCUUUCAUCUUCCUUUGUUCUUUUCUGAUGCUGAAUCUGUUUGUCGCUGUCAUCAUGGAUAACUUUGAGUACCUGACACGUGACGCUUCUAUUCUCGGGCCUCAUCACCUCGACGAGUUCAUCCGCGUCUGGGCUGAGUACGACCCUGCCGCCUGUGGACGCAUGCCCUACCUCGAUAUGUACGAGAUGCUUCGCCACAUGUCCCCUCCGCUAGGUUUGGGAAAGAAAUGUCCUCCACGAAUCGCCUACAAGCGGUUGGUGAGGAUGAACAUGCCCAUAGCUGAAGACAACACGGUUCACUUUACAUCCACUUUAAUGGCUCUCAUCCGAACCGCCUUGGAGAUUAAACUGGCAUCAGGAGUUCUGGCUCAGAGACUUUGUGAUGCAGAGUUAAGGAAGGAAAUAAAUAAAAUUUGGCCUAACUUGUCUUCAAAAACAGUGGACUUGCUGGUAACACCUCACAAACAUAAUGAAUUGACUGUUGGGAAGGUCUAUGCGGCCCUGAUGAUUUUCGACUACUAUAAGCAGAACCGAGCCAAGAGACUCCAACAGCAGCAGGCUGCACCAGGCACACAGAGUAAAGUCGGAGUUCUCUUCAGACCAAUGCUUCCUCUCACACACUUACACGAUCAGGAGCCAAUGCUGCCAAAAUCCCCAACCCCUUCUCAACUAGAUACCACACCACAGCCAGAGGCCCCGCCCACAUCCUUUCACCUGACUAAUGGGGAUGCCGUCCAAAGCCAGAGCAGUGGAAUGAACAAGAUUCCUUUGGGGGGCAUACCUCAGGAAGUCACACAGGAAGCAAACAGAAGGCCUUUCCAACGCGGCCAAUCAGAAGACGUGCCAAACUCAUACAGAUCUCAGGAAUUAGUUGAGAUGAGUGACUUGGAGAACGACUCUGAUGUGGGCGGGUAUCCUGUGCUUGAGGGUCACGGCAGAGCUGCCUCCAUGCCCAGACUCAACGCUGGCUUUCAGCGGAGCCACUUACGCCACACCGCCGGAACGUAUCUAGCACCUAUCGCAGACGUGAGUCCCAUGCGGAGGUCCACGUCCUCGUUGACUCCUCAGAGAGGGGUGCGAGAGGUCAGUCUGAGUGAAUAUGACCUGGAGAGGCCACAGAUGGUCACAAGCCAGACCCUCACUCAGGAGAGAGAGAGGGAGCGAGCCCAUCAUCAUCAUCACCAUCAUCAUCACCGCUGCCAACGGCGCAAAGACAAGAAGCACAAAUCACUGGAUCGAGCCAUUAGCGAGGAGCAGCCACCGCCUACAGCAGAUCCGAACACCGAGUCAUUGCCUAGGGAACGAGCGCGGGAGCGUGACCGUGGCCGCUCCCACGAGAGGAAGCAUCAUUCAUCCUCAGCGGCAGAAAGACAACAACGAUACUACUCGUGCGACCGCUACGCCAGCCACGAGCUCGGCCACAGCGUGUCCGCCGGACCCAGCCGGUCCACGUCGCCAGGAGAACCACAUGACCCAAACAGGCUUAAACAGGGAAUUACCACAACUAAAGGAAAUUCAGUCACUCAUACCUCAGGCACCAGCACUCCCUGCCGUGGGCGUAGACAGCUCCCUCAGACGCCCCUUACUCCUCGGCCUGCUGUUGCCUACAAGACUGCCAACUCCUCCCCGGUCCAGCUCAACACUGCCCAGUCUACAGGGCCCUGCCCCACUCGCCUUAGUCGUGGCCUGUCAGAGCAUGAUGCCCUACUCAGUGGUAACGCCCACCGCCAAUCUCCCGUGCCUGUCACUCGGAUAAGCUCUGACCCCAACUUAGGUCCCCUCCAGCAAGACUCGAACUUGUCUGAAGCGGACGACUUCCACGAUGCCUUGAGCACGUACGGUGCGGGCCGCUCCCCCAGGACUGCACUCUCCGUCACCCACACGUCGUCAGGUGCGACCCCCACUUCCACACUGCUGUCGCGCAGCCAGAGCGGAGUCCCCAACGGCUAUCACUACUCCCUCGGAAUGAACUCGACACCCGGUUCGAGCGGCAGAGCAUCUGGAAGCUACCAGGAGAUCGAGAGAGAUGACUGGUGUUAGCAUGAUUCAAUCUAGCAUGCGUUUUAUCGUGAGAAGAGGAGCCUAUUUUUGAAGGGAAACAAGAGUUAUGUCCACAGUUUACACCGUUUUCUGCCCGUUUACCAUCAGAUUGAGCACAUAAGGUUUUUUUUUUAAGGUGUACUUCUCUUGUUUAGAAAGAAGCAGACAUCCUUGUCUCUGUUUACGAAAGUAGCGGCAAGAUGGAAAGCGUUUGGAGGUCUUGAUAGGUUUCAAACAGAACAGUUAAGCCUCAAGUGACACUCCCCACUGCUUUUAAUUUAAUUAAGGCUGAUUCCAGAAGGGUCACAAGGGAGAUGGUCACAUCAGCUGUGCCUGUGAUCCAAACCUCAGACCUCAGAGAGGAAGAUGCCCGAAAAUACAAGCUAUGAUGGAAACACUCUUGUGGAAAAAGUGAGAUUUAGUUUAGUUGUUGUGGUUUGUUGGUUGUUUAGACGCAAUGACUAAAUAAGUUAUUUCUAGGGGUGUUGGCUCUGUGUCCACCAAAACGUUUUGCAUUUUUGUUCAGUGUUCGCAAUGGGAAGCUUUAUUCCACACUGAGUGUUGCACGCUUGAUGUUGAUGUUCAACUUUGGAUAAAACGCAGAGCUAAACAAUCACUUCUUGCCCAGUCAUCUAAUCGCAGUGGAGGAGAGGUGGGACAAAUACCACACGACUAACUGUCACAAUUUGCUUAUACAACUAAUGAUCAACAAUGGUCUCAGAGUUUCCAUGACCAUAGAUAACAGCGACAUCCCUGGACUACCACAUUAUUAAUAUAAAAACUAAUGCUUGAAGGACUUUUAUUUUUCACAAUGGGUCUACCAGACAAACAGCUAAACACUGCACCUCCGAAAAGCGUCCUCAAGCACCCACAACUGGGCAUUUUCAGAAAAGCGCUCUUUGGUGGACACACAGCCUUAAGGUUCUUGCUGCUGUAAUUCUACAUCCUUAUCUAGCGUGAGUGGCAUAGACGGUUAGCUCCCACCAUCGAAAAAAGGCCAAAUUGAACUCACUUUUCUAUCAGACUGAAGUAGAUUGAAUAUCUUUUCACAGUGUUCCAUUUUGUACCUUGUAAAUGAUCCGAGUGUAGCUGGACAUUACAUAAGGUCUAAUCCUUUUCUUACUCUUGAGAGGUAAGAUACCAAGUGCCUAAAUUUUACGAUUUUAUUGCCACAUUGGUGUGCAAUGCAUCACAAAGUAUUUUGGCCUGAAAGAGGCAGUGAACAGAUGCUGUAUGCUGUAGGUUAAAUGUCACGGAUAUUUGUUUCUUAAAUGUACUUUAGCGUGUAUUUGACGAAAGAUAUUGCACAAAACAAAGACUGUAGCAGUAUAAAGAUAGUUUAGGUGGGUGUUGAUGACGUUGGUCUUUUCAGAGUGUAUUAUUAAAACAAUUCAGGGGAAAAUAGAUGAUAUAUGAAAAUGCUGAAAGAAUGAUAGAAGGUUGUAUUUGUUGGUUGCUGUUGGUGUUAGUGUUGUUUCCAGAGGGUGUAUUGUGAGCUCACACCUUUCUCUCCAGGAUUUAAUUAUAGCGGAGGAAGGUGAGGGAAUUGAAGUACUUUAUUGACUUCCACUUGUAUCUAUUAAUCACCACGCAAAAUGCUUCAGUGCAACCUAUUUGAUAUAAAGAGUAUGUUGUAUUCUCUCUUUAAGUGAGAUAUUGUAAUGUUUUUUGAUGAUAGUUAAUAAAUCGAGGUUAAUUUAUUCAGAUAAGGUAAAUUUUACUCUGAUCCUGCCCAUGUUUUCGGUUUGUUGUUUCCAAACGUGUCUUUUCUAUGUAAGGGGUUUAUUAGAAUGUUUUUUUUUUUUUUUUUUUUUUUUUUUUGGGUGAGUCUGCAAUAGAGCGCAACAGUUGCUGUCCACUUUUUCAGCUGUUUUGGUUCUGGAAAUGUUGUAUUAUUGUCUCCACACGAAUUCCAAGCAAAAAAACUAUUUAAAAGAAAAUAGUGAAUGAAAAUUGGGCAAAAGGUAAAAUGCAAUGAAGGAAUGUACUCCUUACGAAAGCCCCGCCCCUUUUCAGAGUUGCACUUAUUGUGUUUUGUCUUUCGGUUUGUAUUUCCACAGCAUGAAGUUAAGAUCUUACGUAUUUAUGAAUGAACGGAUUUAUGAUUUUUAAAAUGUCCCCGGUCUGCUGACCUUUGUUAUAACAUCUUCAAACAUUACAAUGCUCAUGAUAACUUUCAUUAAUUACAAUAAGUAAAUCCACUUCACUAGCUAAUUACUCUGAUGCGACAGCAAUGCCAUAGAAAGAUACAGAGGCACUGCAAAAAUGAAUGUUCAAACACAAAAUUCUAAAGAUGGCUGCAAGCUUGUUUCUCUGGUGCAUAAGGUCUAUAAAGUUUUUGGAAAUGUAAAUUGAAAUAUUUCUAUAUUGAUUUAAAAAAGAAGUAUCCUACUGGAAACAAUAAAUGAAAACAUAUUUUGAUGCGAAUUUCUUGAUUGGCGAGUGGUGCACAGUAGUUCUUCUUCACAGGGAAUUUAUUAAACAUCCUUGUAUAGGCUACUGUACAUUAUGCACCAACCACCCAUUAAGAAUCUCAACAUUCAUAAUAUGGUGAUUUGAAAGGUUUGGACAAUUGUUAAAGUAUCGAUUUCUCUAUGGAGAAAAUGAAUGGAAUCUUUACCUGUGGAACAUAACUGUUGCGCUCUAUUCCGCAAGUGCAGGGAAAUGUUGACUGUUGAAGUACAGUACAGUAGGGCUAUGCAACAAAAUGACACUUUAGGACUGCUCCUCAUCCUGUAGCUUUACCUGCACUCAACACACUCUAAGCUUUAGCACCAGUGGGACCAAUUCACCGCUUCACAGAGAUCUUGAUAUACAGGAUGUGUAGCUCACCUAAAAAUGCAUUGCUGAUUAUGCUUGAUGUUGAUCUGCCCUCUGAAAGAAUAUGAAAUAAUAUAAUGGUGGUAUUUGGUUGCACUAGGAAGUAAACCAAUGUAGUUUUACGUAACAUGUCACUUAAAAGGUGGUUAAUGUUAAGACAUUUGAUUUCUUUAAUUUUUUUUUUACAGUAUGUGAUAUCCUAGUGAACUGCCUUUGGCCACCAUUUCCUUGUUUUGGGAUGAGAUGUGGAGUGUUGUGAUUUACCCAAUUAACCAGUAGAUUUCCAUUAAGAUUUCCCCUUAAUUUAGAAAUCACCUUUUUUUUUUUUUUAAAGAAGGAAUAUAUAUAUAUAUAUAUAAACCAGGUGCCAAAUUUAUUACAGCACUAGUUUGUCUCUGUGUGCUGUAUAGGCUACUCUGUCCAACUAACCUGUGGCUAACCUCUUUGGAUGAUGUCAUGUUUGCAUGUUAUGAUGACAUAUGUGCAUGUAGGAAAUUGUAUAUCUUCAUUCAUGGUUUUCUAUGAGGUAAAUGGCUGCAGGUUUUUUUUUUAUUUUUUUUUUUUAGAAACAAUCUUUGAUACACUUACCCCUGGAUUUCUGGGAGAAAAUUAAAAGUCCCUUCACUUCAGUUUGUUUAUAAAAAAGGUUGUUGAACAGUGGAGCGAUGCACAGAGAGACUGCCUCACUCCUGUGAUCUGAUGAUUGAUCUAUGAUGCCAUCUAUUUCUUCUCAUUGACUCUUUUAUCAAUCUUAUCAUUUCUAGCAUUUACAUUUUGUAUGAAAAAAACCACCACUGAACUGAGAGAUAUAUGGAAAUAAAUCUUGGGG